AUGAAGUCGAUUAAGUUGGGUAGCGGCUUAUCUCUUGUUGCGUCGGUAUUGGCGAGAGAUGUUUACGCCCAAUGCAAAGGUGCCGAGGUGAUAACUCGCGAUGUUGCCAUCGUCGGCGGAGGUGCGACAGGUACCUAUGCGGCUAUCAACCUUAAAGACCAGGGCAAGUCUAUUAUCGUCAUCGAGAAACAUGGAGCGUUAGGCGGUCACGCCUCCACAUACCAUGACCCUACAACAGGAACCCCUAUCAAUUACGGCGUUCAACUAUAUCAUGAUGACCAGAUCAGCCGCUCCUUUUUCACCCUUCUCAAUAUAACUGUUAGCGGGGGCACAUUCCCCAAUGGCAAGACUCCACUAUAUAUUGACUUCACGGACGGCUCACCUGUUUUAAACUACUCCAUCCCUCCUGCUGGUGAAGACUACUUCCAGGCACUUCACAAGUACCCCUAUCUGGAAGGUGGCCUCAAACUGCCCGAUCCAGUGCCUGAAGAGUUGCUCCUGACCUGGGCUGAGUACUUGGUACAAUUUAAUCUUACCGAUGAUGCUAUCGCCACGUACUCCAGGCCGGCUAUCCCCGGUGAUCCAACUAAAGUUCUCGCCUUGUAUGUCUUCAAUAACAUGGACACGGCUAUGUUAGAAGAACAGCUCGAGGCCAAGAUCAUUGUUGAUUCUAACGGCGAUGUAGCUGAGCCUUAUAUUGAAGCAUUAUCCCAGCUCGGUCCCGAUGUUCUUCUUAACUCUACCGUGACCGGAAGCCAACGAGGUAGUAAGCCCGCCGACGGCGUGAGGCUCUGCGUAUCGACUCCAGGGGGGGUAAAACGUGUCAUCGCUAAGCAGCUGGUAUUUUCGGCACCAUUCGUAUUGGAGAACCUAGAGCCAUUCAGCUUAGAUGAGCGGGAAACGAACAUCAUAUCGCAGUUCGAGGGGGGACACUACUACACAGGAGUCGUGACAAACUUAGGGCUACCGACGAACUAUAGCUAUACGAAUCGAGGACAGAAAACGGAAUACCAUGUAGCGAGUGUGCCGGGAGUCGUAAUGUUUAACCCGACAAAGGUAGACGGGACAUAUUAUUACUGGUAUACAUCCUUCUCAGACCUGACAAAGGAGCAAGUGGAGACGAAAACGCGCGACACGCUCAAGCUCUUACAGAAGACGGUUGAUGGUGCAGAUGUGAAUGCCGAGCCGCAGUUCGUGGCUUAUAAGAGCCACACGCCGCUGCACCCAACUACUAGCGCAGACGCUAUUCGCAAGGGCAUAUACCGCGACAUAUACGCCUUGCAGGGUUACCGCAACACUUGGUACACCGGCUCACUCUUAGCUACCGGAUCUUCCGAGCUUUGGAACAUUACUAGCCAGCUUCUACCGAGGAUCAUUGCUGCUUCAGAACAGUAG